AUGGAGAUUCUAGGCAAAAAUGUCGCUGAAUGGGGUAUAGCGAUCAAACAGAAACAAUGGUUCAUUCCAGACACCUUGUCAGUGGGAUUGUCCAAUCACUUGAUAGAUCUCUUGAAUAAAGUGCUACCCGAAAACCUAUACCAACCUAGACUCGAAAUAGACGAUGGCAUGUUAGGUGUCAUGUAUGGGAAUGGAUUCCAUUUUCUCUACAAUAACCAGGCAAAUAACAACUUGGGUUCGGACGGGUAUGACAAUUAUCAGGCUCCAACUUCUCAAGGUAAUCAAUUGUAUUCUAGACGGUUGUGGGUUAAAGGCUCAAUCAAUUUUGGUGCGAAUAUAGUAAGAGCAUCGGAUCAGCUCAAUUGUAUAGAAAAAAUCGACUCCGUUCGAAGAUUGGGAUUGUCAACGUUUGUUAAUAUCAAUAGAGAUGUGACUACGUCCACAAACGCCUCUGUGUUGAAGGAAGCAAGGACAUUACUCUACACCAAUGAACCUUACGAAUUUAAACCCAUGCGACAUAGCUUCCCAAAUUUCACGUUCACCCAAGAAGUGAAACUCACUUCUUCUGAUUUGCUCAAGUAUAGUAUGUUGACUUAUAACAUGCACAAAAUCCACAUUGACAAGGAGCAUUGUGAAACAGUAGAAAAUCUUCCCAAUGUCAUUGUCCAUGGGCCAUUCAUGGUUACAUUGCUUUUGUACUGGUUUCGGAAGCUUUAUCCUGAGGCUUCUAUAGAGCUGAUAAAUUACAAGAAUUUAGAACCCUGUUUUGUGGACGAACUGUUCACCUUGGCUAGUGUACAGAAAAGUGAAUAUGAACACAAUGUGUCCAUUGUCAAUGUCCAAUUGGGCAAGAAGUACUUCGACGGAGUAAUAAAAUUCAGGCAGAUGUGA